AAUUUAUUGUUUAGUAGACCAAAUUUAAUUUCUACUAAAUUGUUUAAAAAAAAAAUGAUAUGAUAAGUAAUUAAAAAGUAUACAUUUCAAAACCAAUAGUGCCUUUAAUAUGAAAAAUUUAAUAUUUAUGUGCCUUUUUGGCGUUUUAAGCCAAGUAAAUUGUUUGACUGAUGGAAAAAGAUGUUCAAUGCCUCAGAUCCUGCGAGGAUCAUGGUUCUCUUGGGAAGAAGGUUUGCCCACUCAAACAGUAAUCGACGCAAAUUCAAUGUCUAAUCGAGGCUUUUGCAUUGACUACGAACACCAUGGUGCCGAUUACUCAUUCGUGUUUAAAGGAAAAGCUGACUGUUAUCAUUGUGUUAAGACAUUUCCAAGAACAUUGAAUGUCUUUGAAAAGUAUGAAGGACCUUGUGUAACGCUUUCAAAUGGAGUUGAUCCAUCAGUAGAAAAUGUUUGUAAGGGCGUUAAGGAAGACUCGCAACUGAUUACAUUGUUUAAUGAGAAUUUCAUUCCAAUUAAUUGUCGAUCAUCGUUGGAAGGUGUAUGGCACUUUACUUAUCAGAAUCGUUUCCGUUUUACUGGUGUGUGCAACAAGCCAGACGCUCGAAUUCAAUCAUGCCAAACAGCCGGUACUCAAUUUUUAAUCACGAAUCAGAAAUUCAACAUAUCUUAUCAGCAAUGUGAAGGUAUGGAAGGAACAUUCACUGGAACUGUUGAAUACAGUUGCCUUGGAGAUUGGUUUAUUGGCAAGAAUCAUUACUUUGCUGUGGCCAAUACAAAAGAAUCUCGUAAAGAUGAAAAAUAUCGUUGCUUCCUUAAGAAUCGAGAUGAUGAUUUGUAUAUUGGUGUCUCCAUUACCGCUCAGUGUAAUACUCUCAAAACACCUGAAAGCUCCCCGGAACGUUUAAAACUUACACCAGUCAAAGCCGAAGUUGUUGAACCGGGUUGUUCUCUGCCGCAGAACUUUAGCGGGGAAUGGGUGAAUACCGCUAAUAUCGAUGCCGAUGUGCAAAUUAGUGAGACACAUAUUAACGAAACUUAUUAUCCCGACAAAUCACGUUAUCGUCGAACGAUUUAUGUAUGCCGCGAACGAAGGGGCACACGAAUUAUGAUGGCUCGUCUCACUGUGGAUGGUUGUCAGAAGGAUUAUGUUUGCUUCGACUUUAUGCCACGCCAUCACAAUGUUAUUCGUUAUCGCAAGGGUUUGGCUGUUAUUAAGGAUGAUUUUAGUACAGUUUGCUCUUGGGUGCAGUUCCCGAAUAAAGAAGCUUGGAAAUAUGAUUUCUUUUUGGCAAAGAAUCCGGUCCCAGUGAGAUGUCCAGUAGCUGGCAAAUUUAAUUUUACUCAACGUGGUGAACAUAAGUUUAAAACAAGAAUCCUUGGUGGUGUAACUCUGAGUCCCAGGCCAGACAUUCAUUGCAAACAAAAUAUUUCGGAUUUAUCGGUUUGCGAUACUGAUCAGAAAGAAAUGGCUAUCGAUGAGAAUUACUGCCUUUCGGUCGAUCAUUUAGGACGUCCUGUUGAUAUUUACAGUGAUCCCGAUUACAGAAUGAAAUGUAUUGGUUUCUGGAAGGAGAAUCUCAAAUCUUAUCUCAUUACCCAUGACGCCUUGGAUCCCCUUUCGAAAUAUCGUUGCUGGGUCUAUCAGAGAGCUGAUCUCAAUCGGGUUCUUAUGUCACAAGCUGUUGGAGCAUUUUGUAAUCUCAAACAAGAUGUUACUUCAUGGAAUUACACAGAGGGAGCUGCUGUUGCAAUCGAUAUGACAGAAUACGAACGUGAACGAGAUCAAUGUCCAAUGCAUUUCGAUGAUGGAUCAAAUCCAUGGAUUGAAUCGGAAAGUUUUAUUAAAAUUUUCGAUUGGGACUUUUACAAAGCUGGUACAGAUCAUCUAACGACAAAUAUGAGUUUAGGAAUUUUACUGUCUUUAUCAAUAAUUUUGAUUGGAAGACGAUUGAUUGGUAUUUUAGUUUAAGUCAGUGUUAAUACCUCUACACAUGAGGUAUUUUAAAUGUAAAUGUAAAGCAACUUGAAAUGAUUGAAAGAAAACUUUUUCCGUCCAUAUUAUUUUAUUUUAGCAAAUAUUGUGUACAAUUAGGAUUUUAAGACAAAACCAUAAUUGAAAAGUAAACAUUCCUGUAAUCUCAUUUUUUUUUG